AUGGAGGACGGCACGAGACAUGCAGAUGCUGCCGACUCGGUGGUGCAUGCUAAUGAGGAUGGCAAGCGUUCGAUCUUCUACCAAAUUUACACGCACUGCUGGUUUCAGAUCAUCCUCAUCAGCUUCAUCUGUUUCUGUUGCCCUGGAAUGUACAAUGCUCUCGCGGGCCUAGGAGGUUCCGGUCAAGUCGACCAGACAGUGGCUGCCAAUGCCACUGUCGCGCUCCUCGCUGCAACUGCAGCCACUGCGCUGUUUGUGGUAGGGCCUAUCUUCGACCGUGUUGGUCCUCGAGUCUGCCUCCUCCUGGGUGGAUGGACCUAUCCCUUAUACUCCGGCAGUCUUUUGUGCUUCAAUGCCACCAAAAACGGAGCCUUUGUGAUCGCGGCCGGUGCUAUUCUCGGCGUAGGCGCCUCAUUCUUAUGGGUUGCACAGGGUGCGAUCAUGACUACAUAUGUGAAGGAAUCGCAAAAAGGGCGCGCCAUUGCCGCAUUCUGGAUUAUCUUCAACCUUGGUGGUGGCGUUGGAUCCCUCGCAAGCUUUGGCCUCAAUUAUCACUCCAAGAGUGGCACUGUUUCGGACGGAACUUAUAUCGCUCUUUUGAUUAUCAUGGCCAUCGGGUGGCUGCUGGGCCUGCUCAUCUGCCCACCUUCGAGUGUUCGUGUCUCGCAGUUGCAAGCCACACCACAAUCUGAAAAGAACUGGCGCAAGACUGCCCGACAGGCACUCAACACGAUGACUGACUGGCGCGUGUUGUGCAUGUUGCCGUUGUUCUUCUCGGCCAACGUCUUCUACUCAUACCAGCAGAAUGUGGUCAAUGGCAUGACCUUCAAUAUCCGAACGCGCUCGCUCAACGGUGCUCUUUACUGGAUUGCGCAGAUGCUUGGUGGUCUAAUCAUCGGCCUCAUCCUUGAUAUGCCGGGAUUCAACCGACCGACUCGCGCUCGUAUCGGAUGGGGUUUCCUGUUUGUGACAGGAAUGGUCAUCUGGGGUGGUGGAUAUGCGUUCCAGAAAUGGUCGGAUCGUCGGAUGGCCGCGGGCCUGAAGCAGGACAUUGAUUACACCGAGGGCAGUCUCUCUGUCGGUCCCAUCUUCCUCUACAUCUUCUACGGUGCUUACGAUGCCUUCUGGCAAUCCUUCUGCUACUGGCUCAUGGGUGCCCGCUCGAAUUCACCGGCCGAGACAGCAAUCACUGUUGGGGCGUAUAAAACAUUCCAGGCUACUGGUGGUGCCAUGGCGUGGCGCAUCAACGCCUUGAAGAAACCUGCCAUGACGCAGUUUGCGAUGGACUGGGGUCUUUGCAUGGGCUCGCUCGUCAUUGCCAUUCCGGCGGUCCUUGCUGUCACCCUCACAAGUGACCCCAAUUCGGAAGCUGGUGAAGGUCGGGAUGCUGGUGACUCGAUGGACAAAUCUGAUCGGGAAGUCAAGGCAUGA